AUGUCGUGGACGGGGUUCAAAAAGGGCGUCAACCGCGCCACUACGCAGGUGCUCAUGAAAACCGGCCAGGUCGAGCGCACAAACGACCGCGACUUUGAGACGGAGCAGCGCCGCUACCGCACCAUGGAGACGGCCGCCAACAAGCUGCAGAAAGAGGCCAAGGGCUACCUCGACUCGCUGCGCGCCAUGACGGCCUCGCAGAUGCGCAUCGCAGAGACCAUCGACGCCUUCUACGGCGACGCCGGCACAAAGGACGGCGUCUCGCGCUCCUACAAGCAAGCCGUCACCGACCUCGACGCCGAGACCAUCAAGGCCCUCGACGGGCCCUACCGCACCACUGUCCUCGACCCCAUCCAGCGCUUCUGCAGCUACUUCCCCGACAUCAACGCCUGCAUCACCAAGCGCGAGCACAAGCAGAUGGACUACGACCGCAUGCGCGCCCAGGUCAAGAAGCUGACCGACAAGCCCGACAAGGACGUCACCAAGCUGCCGCGCGCCGAAAAGGACGAGCAGCUCGCAAAGGCCGCCUACGAUCAGCUCAACGAGACCCUGACCACCGAGCUGCCACAGCUCAUUGACCUGCGCGUCCCUUACCUUGACCCCAGCUUCGAGGCCCUCGUCAAGAUCCAGCUGCGCUUCUGUGCCGAGGCCUACUCGCGCAUGGCCCAGGUCCAGCAGUACCUCGACGCAAACACACGCGACCAGUACGCCCAGGGUGAGCUCGACGCCCGUGUCGAGGAGGUUCUGCAGGAGAUUCGCGAUCUGAGCAUUGCAGGCACCGUCUAG